GCGUGGUGCAGUCUGUCAAGGAGACCCUGAGCAGCCAGUUUGUGGAGAACUGCCAAGGUGUCGUCCAGAGGCUGACGCUGCAGGAGGGGGUGGAACGACACCGCCCAGCGCUGGUGCAGUGGGAGUGCCCAGAACCUGCCCCAAGGGCUGGGAGUGUCACAGGGGCUCUGACUCUGUGCAUGGUGGGGAACGACUACGAGAAGCUCAUCCACCAGAGAACCAACACCACCCCCUUCCAGCUGCUGAGCGCCGAGGAGGACGCCCCCGGCGUGGCCGUCAGGGUGAUGAAACCCCUGGAAGCCUCAGAGCUCAGCCUGGAAACCGUCUACGAGAAAUUCCACCCUUCUAUCCAGUCCUUCACCGACGUCCUGGGGCACUACCUCAGCGGGGAACGCCCCAAGGGCAUCCAGGAGACGGAGGAGAUGCUGCGGGUGGGCACGGCCCUGACGGGGGUGGGCGAGCUGCUGCUGGAGCACGGCACCCUCCGGCUGCAGCCCCCCAAGCAGGGGCUGCCCUACUACCUCAGCGCCUCCCCCUUCGACGCCUUGCUGCAAAAACAAGAAGCCAACGUUCGUUUUUGGAAAACCCUCACCCUCCUCUUCGGCCUCGCCACUUGCGCCGUGCUCUUCUUCGUCCUGCGGAGGCACUACCGGGACCGCCUCCAGCGCCGGCGCCUCCGCCAGAUGCGGGAGGAGUUUCGACAAGCUCAGGAGCUCCUCCUACGCCGGGCGGGUCCCGAGGGAGCCGAAACGCUGAAAAACGUCUGCGUGGUUUGUUGGAACAACCCCAAAUCUUGCGUUUUUUUAGAGUGCGGUCACCUCUGCUCCUGCCGGGAGUGUUACCGGGCGCUGCCCGAGCCCAAGCGGUGCCCGGUGUGCCGGCAGGACAUCUCCAGGGCAGUGCCCUUGUACAACAGUUCACCCCCGCCGGGGGGGGGGGUGGAUUUUGGGCACCGCAGCUGCCUCUGGAG